AUGAACAACGACAUGUCCUCCGCGUGUAGCUCGAAGUCCACUGCCGACCCUCACUUAACAAGCUUGCCCCUGGAAUCACCAGUGAAAUGGACGGCUGCGCAGGAACGGAGCAUCAACAAGGACCAUCCUCUCAAUUCUUUGAACUCAUCCGAGACGCCAAAAGAUUAUGUCAUGCGGACCUACCUUCAGUUUUUGUGGCUGCCCAAGUCCGUUGCACCGUUGCGACUUCUGGUUCCAGCCCUCCUGCGCGUCACUACAUGGAUUCAAACGAUUUCUAAUCCAACAUUCUACCCAUCACAUCCGCUUCAUGACGCACUCCGUCCACUUUUGCUUGCGCCACGAGAUGCAGCGGAGAAGUACCACGUCCGUAUUAACCAAAUUAUUGACGACGAUGCAGAGGGGGGGAACCUCCAGGAAAAUAUGAUGUGGUUCGCGUAUAAGAAUGAGAUGCUGGACGAGGAUGAAGCACAUUCCAAUGAGAGUCAAUUUGACUUAGAAGAGAGAUGGAAGAACCGCUGGUUGUCAGGGAUGGAGCAGCGGGAGGUGCAGAUCCAGAUCAUCUUGCAUCUGCUAUUAUUAUCUCUUCCUAGCUCUUCAAAUCGGGAGAUUUCACCAUCCUCCACGCUCGAAUUGCCCGCACAUCUAUCUCCUUUGAAGAACCGCAAGCGCAAGAAGCGCGAACCGACCCCUCCCCCACCAGAGCUACCUUUGGAGGAACGUAUUGAGCGGCUCAUGGACAGAUUAUCGGUGUGGCAGCUAGUAGCAAAAUUGGACGCAGAACCGGCCCAGCGAGAUAGGUCCACAUAUAGUCAGCAAGACAAAGGAAAGCAAAAGGCGUCAAACGAGCGAGAUUGGAUGCAAAUAUUCUGCGAAGAUGUGGUUGAGCGAUUGUUUAAGGACAAGCUCCCAGAACAAUGUGCUCUUCUGCGGUCCAAGGUAUCUCUCGAUUCAUCGUUUUCAGACGACACAGACUUGGUGUUAUCUUCCUCUUCCCCGUCGUCACCUCGCCAUAAAAGCAAACGGCUCAAAUCGGCUACAUCGUCACGGUCCGCAUCCCGUCUUGAUUUCAUGUCCUCCGACAAGACUGCUCGUAGCCAAAAUUCUAAAAAAGGGACGAAGCAAUCUCGGCCGCAAGAUCUUCAACGCUCACGCUCGCUCUCCAUGUCUCUGGAGGAAGAGCGCGCUCGCUCUGCGAGCAUAGGGCCUGGAAGUCUGCGGAAACCGCUGCUCACGCGAGAAGUGAGCAUGACAACCGCGUUUAAGGGCAAAGCUCAGGCAAGGCAGCGCGAACGGGCGGCUGCAGCUGCGCGGGCGAAAACUACCCAAAGGAGAAAACCUGCUCUCGCCGUUGAUGAUGUGUCCACACGAGCGAAGGCCAAGGAGAGCAUUCAGGGCGUGACACUCGUCGCGGCGACUCCGGUGAAAUCCAAGCCGAGGACGAGUCAAUCAAAGGAGGCCGAGACAUCGCAAUUUGAUUUGACAUUACCUCCGCUACCAAUGUGCGACUUAUCGGCAGGGAUGGAAGGAGACGGAGACGAUGAGGAUUGGACAUUGGCUAGUUCGCCAGAUGUUCUAAUGUUGAGAAGCAGCUCGCAAGGCGCGCAGGACUUUGACUCAGAGGACGAUGAGGAAGAAUUGAGCUUAGGCAACAGGAUGGAGAGAGAAUUGGGCGGUCGUGUAUUGGUCACUGGCACUCCCACAAAAAAGCAAAGGUUGAUGGUAUGA